AUGAAGGAACUUGGUGAUGGAUUAUUUUCCAUAAUGGUUGAUGAGUCUCGAGAUUGCUCGGUGAAGGAGCAAAUGGCUAUUGUUGUUAGAUACGUGAAUAACAAUGGAGAGAUAAUAGAAAGAUUUUUAGCCUUAGUUCAUGUUAAAGAGACUUCAUCAAGAUGCUUGAAAAUGGCAAUUGAUUUUGUAUUUUCUAAGAUGGAAUUAUCUUUGUCAAGAUUGAGGGGUCAGGGAUAUGAUGGGGCUUCAAAUAUGAGGGGUGAAUUUAAUGGACUUAAAGCACUUAUUUUAAAAGAAAAUCCAUCGGCAUGGUAUGUCCAUUGUUUUGCCCAUCAGCUUCAAUUGUAUGUGGAUCUUCUUGCAAAAGGGCAGAUAAACUCCGACAAAUUGAAUAUGAAAGAAUGGUUGAAAGGAUUGAGAAAGGGGAAAUCACUUCAGAGAUCAAAAUAUUUUGAAUGCAAUAAAUUUGAUAGUGACUGUGAAAGAGGACUUGCAAGCAUUUCGAGAUCUGGAUGGGAUGAUUUCUUGCAAGAAAUGGAAGCAUUUUGCCGGGCAAAUGAAAUUGAUGUUCCUAACAUGGAUAAAAUUGUUCCAAGAAGAAUUCGUAUGAAGAAUGAUGGACAAAGUAUUACAAACUAUCAUUAUUAUCGUGUUGAAAUUUUUUAUCAGGUUGUUGAUUUAAUUAGUCAAGAAAUGAGGAAUCGUUUUUCUGAGUCCAGCACAGACCUACUCGAGUGUAUGGCAUGUCAUGAUCCAAGAAAUCAUUUCUCCAAUUUCAAUGUCGAUAAACUUGUUCAUCUUGCCACCCUUUAUCCGGAAGACUUUUCAUCCAUGGAGCUUAACUUGUUAACUAAACAACUUCAAAGUUUCGUGAGUGAUGUAAGAAGAGAUACACGUUUUUCAGAUGUUGAAGAUUUGGGAACUCUUUCAAAGAAGAUGGUUGAAACGAUGAAAGAUAAGAUAUUUCAAUUGGUUUAUCGAUUGAUAAAAUUGGUCUUACUUUUACCAGUAGCUACAGCAUCCGUUGAAAGAGUGUUUUCUGCAAUGAAAUUUGUGAAGUCAGAGCUGAGAAAUAGGAUGGGAGAUGACUGGUUGAACGACAGUUUGACAGUAUAUAGCGAGAAUGAGGUGUUUGCAACUAUUCCCAAUGAAAGGAUUUUGAGUCGUUUUCAGAAAAUGGAUACUCGAAGAAGCCAACUAUCUCGCAUAGCAUAA